AUUAUUUUUCCUUCAGCAAACUCCUCUAUCAACUUGCACAUCUUUCCUUAUGGACAGGAUUACAUGGUACUCAAACCGUAUUGAACGGUGGCACCUCAAACGCGGUGAUCACAUCUACUGCUGGCGCACGCGCGCUGGCUAUUUCUACUCCCAUCAUGGGAUCUACGAAAGCGACCAGAAGGUCAUCCAGUACUGUGGCGCCAGUACAUUCAGCUCCUCACUGAUCCAAAUACCCCUCACCCCUCUGUCUGCGAUGACGCAGGCUCGGCGAACCUGCAUCGCCUGCCGUGAAGCUGAGCGUGAAGGCGGCGUCGUCAUCAGCUGCCUUGACUGCUUCACGGAAGGGGACAAUAUUUGCCUCUUCGUCUACUCAGUGCCCCGGUGGUUCCGUAAUGUGUGGUUGAUUGGUUCUCCAAUUCAACAUACCUGCCUCGUGGAAGCUGAGGACCCCCCCGAGACGGUCUUGCGCCGCGCCAAUAACCUGCUCGCCAACCACGGUCGCUUCAGCGUCGACUCCUACGACUUUGCCGCCAACAACUGCCAGCACUUUGCCAUUUACUGCAAGACAGGGCGUAAGUUAACAAGGUUCAAUUAAAAUGCUAAACGCUAGGUGGGCCUAGACCUCGGCCGAGAGGUAAAACGGAGUAAAUGUAGAUUAAGCACGAUUAAUAAGCGUCUGUGCUUAAUAAACAACUGUUCUAUGAGAAUUGUUCUCCUGAAAUAGUCCUGUGAGAAAUAUUCUACCAAAAUUGUCCUAUGAGAAUUUAUGCUUAAUAAACAACUGCUCUAUGAGAA